AUCUUUGAAGGGGCAGUUUAGUUUCACUUACAAGCACAACCAAACAAAAACAAUUUAAGGGUACACUUGACCGUGAAUCCCACACCAUUAAUUACUAGUUUUUAGUAAGUUUUAAACAGAGACCCAGAACCAGAAAUAGCUCAAACCAAGUGAACAAAAGCCAAGAAAAAGGUUUCCAAAGUCCUUUUGUUUGUACUUUAAGAGUGAAGUUUGUGAUUUUGGUUGAGAAGAUGAAGGAGAGAAGCGAGAGUGGUGGUGGAGGGUACGUAAGAGCUGAUCAGAUAGAUUUGAAGAGCUUGGAUGAGCAACUUCAAAGGCAUCACAGUAGAGCAUGGUCGUUGGAGAAUAACAGGAAUGGGAAAGAGGAAGGUGGGUUUGGCAUCGGCGGACGUGUUGGUGGGCCAAGCAACACUGUAAGAAGACAAGAAUGGGAGAUUGAUCCUUCUAAGCUUAUCAUCAAAAGUGUCAUUGCUCGUGGUACUUUUGGUACUGUUCACCGUGGUAUUUAUGAUGGCCAAGAUGUUGCUGUUAAACUUCUCGACUGGGGAGAAGAGGGCCAUAGAUCAGAGGCGGAAAUAGCUACACUUAGAGCAGCUUUUACACAAGAAGUUGUUGUAUGGCACAAGCUUGAUCAUCCUAAUGUAACAAAGUUUAUAGGGGCGACAAUGGGGUCAUCAGAGCUGAACUUACAAACGGAAAAUGGUCAUAUAGGCAUGCCAAGUAAUGUUUGUUGUGUUGUUGUUGAAUAUUGUCCUGGGGGUGCACUAAAAUCUUACCUGAUAAAGAAUCGGAGGAGGAAGUUGGCCUUUAAAGUAGUUGUUCAGUUGGCACUCGAUCUUGCACGAGGGUUGAGUUAUCUUCACUCUAAGAAGAUUGUCCAUAGAGAUGUCAAAACUGAAAACAUGCUUCUGGACAAGACACGGACUCUGAAAAUUGCUGAUUUUGGUGUUGCCCGACUAGAGGCAUCGAAUCCAAAUGACAUGACUGGAGAGACUGGAACACUUGGUUACAUGGCACCAGAGGUCCUUAAUGGCAAUCCUUACAAUAGAAAGUGUGAUGUGUAUAGUUUUGGUAUAUGUUUGUGGGAGAUAUACUGCUGUGACAUGCCAUAUCCAGAUCUUAGCUUCUCAGAAGUCACAUCUGCUGUUGUCCGCCAGAAUCUGAGGCCAGAGAUUCCUCGUUGCUGUCCAAGUUCGCUUGCAAAUGUGAUGAAAAGAUGCUGGGAUGCAAACCCCGACAGACGGCCAGAGAUGGAUGAAGUGGUGUCAAUGUUAGAGGGUAUAGACACAUCCAAGGGAGGAGGGAUGAUCCCACAUGAUCAACCUCAGGGUUGUUUGUGUUUUAGGAGAUAUAGGGGACCUUGACAUUUUUAUCCUUUCCCCAUUGACUUGAAUUAAAAGAAGCUUUCAGGGAUAGUUCCAAUUUAUUAAUAUUAUAUAUAUAGGAGGGACUCUGGUGUUUAUUAUUUAGUAAAAAAUCUUUGAUGUGUAGUU